UCGAAAAACUUCUGAAACACUUUCCAUUUCGCAGCCGAACGAAUCGCGAUACGAAGCAGAGAGCUCUGUUGAAGCUUGCACUCUAAUGAAGCUCGACAAUGGCGCUAAUUUCCGCUAGAACCAAGAUUUCCAGGGUCCUCUCUACUCUCUCUCAUAAGAAUUUCCUUUCUAGGUCUCCGUUUUUCUCCAAUGGAGUCCAGCCGGUUGAUCGUCUCCACCCGCUGGGAGGGUUCGGGCGUUCAUUUGCAUCCUCUGCUGUUGCUUCCGUGGAGCACGACGCCCUAGGUUCCAGAGCUAUGGGCUUUGAAAUCUUGGGUGUUAAGGAUUACGAGGACUAUCGGAGGUCUCUCUAUGGCGAAAUCACUCACAAGGCUUUGCUUGUUGAUGCUGUUGGCACUCUUGUUGUUCCUUCUCAGCCCAUGGCUCAGAUAUAUAGGGAAAUAGGUGAGAAGUAUGGUGUGAACUACUCGGAAGGGGAGAUUCUUAAUCGAUACAGAAGGGCUUACGAGAAGCCUUGGGGAGGAUCUCGCCUCAGAUAUGUGAGUGACGGGAAACCCUUUUGGCAAUAUAUCGUCAGUUCUUCCACGGGCUGUUCAGAUUCUCAGUACUUUGAAGAACUGUACAAUUACUAUACGACUAAUAAGGCUUGGCACCUUUGUGAUCCUGAUGCUGAGAGAGUCUUUAAAGCUCUUAGACAAGCAGGUGUAAAGAUAGCUAUUGUGUCAAACUUCGACACUCGGUUAAGGCCUCUUUUGCGGGCUUUGAAAUGUGAUCACUGGUUUGACGCUGUAGCAGUGUCAGCUGAAGUUGAAGCUGAGAAGCCUAAUCCGACUAUAUUCCUAAAAGCCUGUGAAUUGUUGGGAGUGAGACCUGAGGAAGCCUUACAUGUUGGGGAUGAUCGUAGAAAUGACGUAUGGGGCGCAAGAGAUGCCGGUUGUGAUGCAUGGCUUUGGGGAAGUGAUGUACACUCCUUCAAAGAGGUUGCAGAGAGGAUAGGAGUGAAAGUGUGAAGGGGAUUUUGAAGUUGUUGGGUUUUCAUGGAAGGUCUCUGAAUGUACAGGUUUUAGCACAGAGAGCGCAGGUGUUUGUAUAUACUGUGUGGCGUGUUUAGUUUGUAGUUUGUAGUUCGUAGUUUGUACCGAGCGCACUUACUCGACAUUGUCGCUUAAGUGUGAACGGUCUUUAUGAUGUAUGCAUUGAACUGUUUGGACUGAAAAGGCUUCCACAUCUUUCUCUUUUCUAUGCUUAUUCACUAUAUCAGUACCAUUA